AUGAUCACUGGCGGAAAAAGCUUCGUGUCAUCCCCGCCGGCGUUUUCAAACGACGCCAAGCGGAUGCUCGUUUGCACCGGCAACACCUUGUCAAUUUUCAGUACCUCAACAGGCCUACAGAUAAGUGAACUGGAAGGCCACGGCGCGCCAGUGACGUCGGUGAUAGUAGUGCCAGCUUCAACUCCAGCUAGCAAAGUCUUGUGCCAUUGCUGGACGGCGUCGCUUGACGGAAAAAUUAGGUUCUGGGAUUUCAUGGCGCCAGAAUUAAUUAGGACUAUUGAUAUUGGGUUCCCUAUCCACUCCAUGGUGAUUCCAAGUCUAUUAAGCCAGCCAACGGAGAGAAAAGGAAAGUCUCUCGAUCUUUUUGCUUACAUCUAUAUUGAAGCUGAGAGACAAAAGGAAGGACAACCUAAUUCUUCAAGUGGACAAAUUCGGAAAUGUAAUUUAACAAAAUCUCGUUUAGCUGGUGGAGUAAGCUUGGCAGAGACUCAUAAACCGGGUUGCAUAACUAUUAGUCCUUCUGGGGAAUACAUUGGAAUAUGCGAAACGCGCAGGCUUCGAAUAUGGGAAAUUCCGACAAAAGAUUCUGAUAAUGCUAUUUAUAAGAAAAUCAGAUUGCAUCAUACGAAAACGUUUACCACUCUUGCUUUUCAUCCUACUGAAAGGGUGGUAGCAGCAGGUGAUGUAACAGGAAGGAUCUUAUUAUGGAGAGGUGUUGGUCACAGAACAUUCUCUACCAGUGAUAAAUUUAUUAGUGGAGGAUUUAGUAAGGACGCAGAGGAAAGGCCUGGAGUGAGGGGCAAUGAUGAUGCUGAUUCUUGCACGACAUGGCAUUGGCAUUCUGCAGAAGUGAAUGUUCUCUUUUUCUCUUCAGAUGGCGCCUAUUUAUUUUCAGGUGGGAGAGAGGGUGUUUUUGUGGUAUGGCAAUUAGACACUGGGAAGAAAAAAUUUCUUCCAAGAAUUGGAUCUCCGCUUCUAUAUUUCACAAAUUCUUCAGAUCCUUCACUAUCCUCUAUAUCCUGUGCAAAUAAUCGAAUUCAUCUACUCAGAAUGCCUUCAAUGGAGAUCUUGAGGUCCAUUUCAGGGAUUAAGCUUCCGAGUUCAGUUUCUGAUAUAUAUGAAGAAUCGGGUAGUGGUGUCGUCUUUGAUCACACUGCUGGGUUGGUUGCAAUACCAACUGACAAUUACAGUGUACAGUUCUACAGCUUGUUUAAUGACCGUGAAAUUUCCGAGGUCCAAAUCUGUGAAAGGAACCAUCAGCCAGGUGAUGAAGUUAUGGUAAAAGUGAAUUUGGUAGCCCUCUCCCGAGAUGGUUCUACCAUGGGCACAGUUGAAACUAGACUUCCUGAAGAAAAGAUAGGUGGCCUUGUAAGUCUAAAGUUCUGGGCUUGUGGCUCUCAAAACAAAGACUUCAGCUUAUCUACUGUCAUAUACGAACCACACAGGGGGGCAAGUGUCUCUUCUAUUGCAUUCCAUCCAACUUGUAAUAUGGCUAUCACUUCCUCAUAUGGUGGCGACUUCAAGAUUUGGGUUCGUAUGCAUGACACCCACCUGAAGGACCAGAUGCUUCAGAGUAGUGGCUGGAGGUGCCAUGCUGUUGGUUCAUACAAGAAAAGGCCUAUGACAGCUGCUGCAUUUUCUGCCGAUGGGUCUGUUUUGGCUGUUGCUGCAGAAAAUGUUGUUACAUUGUGGGAUCCAGAUCAGAAUAUUCUGGUGGCAGUAAUUGGAGAUACUCUUGAGCCAAUUUCGACACUCUCAUUUGUUGGGAAGUCGACAUUUCUUGUGUCAGCAUCACGAGGUUCAAACCCACAAUUGACUGUAUGGAGUAUGUCAAAGCUGUCUAUAUCUUGGUCCUACAAGCUUCAUGUAGAAGAUAUAACAUGUUCCUUGGAUGGUUCCACCUUUGCUGUUCUUGCCCUUCUUCCUGAGACAUCUGAAUGUGUGGAGUCUACUGAAGCCACAUUACAGGGCGUAGACGGGGCUAUCUUACUGUUCAAUGUAGAAAAUCCUUUUCCCUUGGCUACCUGGUUUGCAAGCAAGGCUCAGGGCGGAAGACUUAGUUUUCUUCAAACAAGUCCUAAAUUGGAAGAUGAAGUUGCAGAUGUAAAACCAGCCCAUGGUUUGUUGGCUUACAUGAACAGAAAUUAUGAGUAUGUUCUCUUCAAUUCCUAUGGUGAGCAAGGCCAUAACCAGAGCGUUACUCGCCAGCAAAAUUCAAGCAAUCUUGAGGAAAAAGAAAAAAUUGGUUAUGCAUCCAUCUAUGGUGAACUAGCAGAAUUGAGCGAGGAAAAAAAUCAAACUCGAAUCCCGUAUAUACAAUAUGAGAAAAAUUGGGAAACAAUAUUUAGUGGACCAUCUCAUAAACUUGCUCCUCUUACCAAGUUGUGUUUGGAUUUUUUGGAUUCAUCGCUAGAAAGGAGAGCUGUCACUGUGGAAUGA